AUGGUUGGAAAAAAACGAUUGAUAAAUAUAGAAUGGUCAUUAAUAUUGGUUAUUGCAAAUGAAAUUCCAGGUGAUUUCAUUGAAUGUGGUGUUUGGAGAAGUGGAAGUUCAAUAUUUGUCCGUGCUGUAUUCAAAGCAUUGAAUAUUAAUGAUAGACAUGUUUGGUUAACUGAUUCAUUUCACGAUUUACCAAAAGCGAAAACAAACAAUGAUAAUGAUCAUUGGUCAAAAAAAGAAUAUUUAAAGGUUUCACUUGAAGAAGUUGAAGAAAAUUUUCGUUCAUUUAAUUUACUUGAUAAUCAAGUGCAUUUUUGUAAAGGAUAUUUUAUUGAUUCACUUUCUCGGUGUAAUGUUUCUAAUAUAGCUGUUCUUCGAAUGGAUGGUGAUAUGUAUGGAUCAACUAUGGAUUAA